CCAUCCUCUUGCCCCGCGCGCGCAUGCACGGAGAGCAGGAUGCUCCUCUCCUCCUCUUUCCCGCUCCUGCAGGAGAUGCAGCCGAGUGGAGGCGGCGCGCAUCGGCGCCGGGGACGCACGAACCUCCGCACCUGCACACGGACACAUUGAGCAAAAAAAAAAGAAGAAAAAAACAACAACAACGACACCAAAACGUCUGUGUCGAACUCAAGAGUUUUUUUUUUCCUUCUUUCUUGGCUUGUUUCCUCCCCACCCCCGGCUUGGUCCUCUUCAAGGAUGCCCGGAGCACUGCUGUCUUCCCGGUCCCUCUACAUCGGCAUGGAGGUGGCGAUCGCGGUGGCGUCGGUGGCCGGCAACGUGAUGGUGGUGUGGGCGGUGAGGAUCAACAAAUCCCUGCGGGACACCACCUUUUGUUUCAUCGUGUCGCUGGCGUUGGCCGACAUCGCGGUGGGGGCGCUGGUCAUCCCGCUGGCCAUCACCAUCAGCAUCGGACUGCAGACGCACUUCUACAGCUGCCUGCUGGUCGCCUGCACGGUUCUGGUUCUCACGCAAAGUUCCAUCCUGGCGCUGCUGGCCAUCGCUAUUGACCGAUACCUGAGAGUCAAGAUCCCCACCAGGUACAAGCGGGUGGUGACGCCCCGGCGAGCGGGUGCGGCCGUGGUGGUGUGCUGGGCGGUGGCUUUCGUGGUGGGCCUCACCCCCAUGCUGGGCUGGAACAAUCUCGGACGUCUGCGGCCGCGGCCCAUGGUCCUCCUCUACAUCGCCAUCCUGCUCACUCACGGCAAUUCGGCCGUCAACCCCAUCGUCUACGCCUUCCGCAUCAAGAAAUUCCGCACGGCCUUCCACAAGAUCUGGCGGCAGUAUUUCUGCUGCAAGGACACUCCGGCUCUGGAGAUGCAGCCCAGUGACAGGAAGUGGCAAAGCGUCAAUCCCGAACCGGGUCGGGUGUUACCGCCGAAGCCCCCGCAGGACGACGGCCGGAUGGCCGACGGCCCGCAGCCUCAGAACCAGAGCAGCGAAGCCCUGCAAGUGAAAGAACAGCCACCUUUAUUGGCGCAGAAUGCCGUUUAGCACAAGGAAUGCAAUGAAUUCAUGUUGAAAGCACAAGAACCCUGCUUCCCAACGUGAGCCGAUGAGAGGUGUUGCCUCCACGUAGGGGUUUGCGGGAGGCGACAGAGAGGGUCCUUCCCAACCGCAGCAGCAGGAUUGGCCUUUUACUCAGGAGGAGCGUGCUGACAUGGAUCUUUUGACCGUGAUGUCGGUCGCACCUGUGCUUGACAAAAGCUCAAAACGAUCUUCAGUGGCGCCGCUUGUCAACAAACGCGUCAUUUGACCAAGGGCAGAGUGAUUGAGGAAACGGUCAGUGACUUGAAUCAUGAUUUUAGCCUUCUUCGUUUUUUUAAUAACAUUUUUAUCACUGUAGUUUAAAUGUGUGUGAUGUCAGUCAUGAGAUAAACGGCCUAAAAGGUCGACCCAAUGGUGGAAGAACUUCACAUUUCAAUGGGAAGCCAUUCAUCCAUUUUCUACCGCUUAUCCGCAGUUGGGUCGCGGGGGCAACGGCUUUAGCAGGGGAGCCCACGCUUGCCUCUCCUCAGCCACAUCUUCCAACUCUUCCGGAGGGAUCCCAAGGCGUUUCCAGGCCAGCCGGGAGCAUCUCUCGGCCUCCUGCUGUUGGG